AUGUCCGCGUUGCUGCGCAUUCAACUCUCCCGUCCCGACAGCUCCGUGCCUUGGGGCUUUCGUCUGGAAGGGGGCCUGGAUUUGGGACACGCUCUGAACAUCCAGAGAGUAACUCCUGGUAGUGUUGCUGAAGCUUGUGGUGUUAAACCGGGAGACAUCAUCGUGAGUAUAAAUUCUGCUGACACGAGAUUCAUGAGGCAUGAGGACGCGAAAAUGGAAAUCAUUCGGUCUAACAAUGCCUUUGAAAUGAUCGUAGAGAGAAAUGAUAAGGGAAACUCCAUGGAAUUGGGAGCUUCUAUCCUUCUUGAACAGAGUUCUUCGGCUUCCGAGUCAACUAUUCGACCAACGGACAUAAACGGGGGAGCAGAAUUGACAUGCGGUAUUCCAAGGGCCGGGAUAGCAAUGAUAUCCCAGGAUCCAAGUGGACGGUUUCAACGCCUCUCGCACUCCUCCUACAAUUCUCCAAUGGGUUUGUAUUCAAAAGGCAAUGUGGAUACAUCCUUCAGAAGUACAAUCGCUUCAGCAGGGGCAGAUCUGUCUAAUGUUCGACCAGCUCCGCAAGUGUUCGGUGGAAGUAUGCGGUGUGGAGCGUGUCAGGACCUCAUCACAGGUGGGCAGUUUGUGAGAGUGCAGAGUCGAAUUCCCAUGCAUCCCUCAUGCCUGAAGUGCUGCAAAUGUGGCAUUGGACUGAGGAAUGUAGGUUAUUUUUACAUCAAUGAGAAGCUCUACUGCGAGACUCAUGCUAAACAAGUGGGUAGACCACCAGACUCAAACUUAAAGCCUGUAGUGAUUUACAAGUGA